CCUACGUGUUACCAUGGCACUGUUACCUUGCCAGAUGGGAAAGAGGGAACAGUAAGGCAGUAGCCGUAGGUCUGUGCACAUCCACUGUGCGACUGGUAGCCAGGAGGUGAUGCUGGAGUGUGGUGGGAGCUGGAAGCAGAUGGGCAGGCAGCAGUGGCAGGGCAGCAAGAGGUAAUUCACCCCCAACCUCGGGGCUGGAUGUUGGCUCGUGAUAAGCUGCCUGGCUGUGAGCGUGGCAUUCUGAGGCAUAUGUACUGUGGUGUUCAGCCAUCUCAGAAAUCUGCUGCUGAGCAUGAGUCAGCCCUCCCCGGGUUAACUGUUAAAGAGCAGUAUCAAGAGAUAAGAUCUUAUUCUGAGCCCUCCAAGCCCUUUCUUCUCUAAGUGGCCCCAGUAGAGGAAGGGAGUCCCUAAGGUCCCACUGCACUGUCAUGGCUCACAGAAGUGGGCUGUGACUCCCAGCUCCCAUUGGGCAUGGUGCAAUUGUCCUUGCAUUAAGGCAUGUGGAAAGAUGUGAUACUAAAUAAGAGGAGUUGUGUGACAUCUAAGGAGCAUGGCCUACUGGUUCAGAGCCCAGGUGGAGUCAGCCUCGGAGCCAUCAGUCUGAGCCUGUGUGCUACAAGGCACGAAGGGUGCUGCAUGAAGCAGAGCUCAGCCUGCCUUCCUGACAGCCUUGCUUUCCAUCUAGCAUAAUGUCACCACUCUGUCUCAGAUGGUGCUGAGCUCCUCACCAGCAAGACCCGUCCCUCGCACCCAUCCCUUCCAGCCUCAUGCUUCCCUCUUGCUGCUGAGCUGGGAGAGCAUCUCCCCAAUCCUAUGGCAGUAAACUCACUGGGUGAUGCCGUGGAGUGAGGAGAGCAACAACCAAUUCCUUAAGGGGCCAUCUCAGAGCCUUCCCUGGCUUUUCCUCCUGUCGCAGGGAGAAGUGCCCCUGCCUAAGUGGAAUAAAUUGGUACAGACCAUUAGCAGCGCAAGUCCUCCUCCGGCAGGGGGGAGGGAGGGAGCGAGCUGUCGGCACUGGUCUGGAUACAAAGCAGUCAGCCACGCUCUGGCUCCUUCCUCCCGCAUCCCGUUGGCCUCCUCCUCCUCCUCCCUGUUUGCACGCUCCCUCCCUCCCACGUUCGCUCCCUUCUCUCAUUCUUUCCUUCUCUUACCGCCACGCUGCAGAGAGGCAGACCUGGGGAACUGAUGGUCCACGGAGGAGGAAGGAGCUCUCCCCUGCAUUUCUUUGAGAGUGAAACGGAGAGGCAGAGAUGAUGAAGGAGCGUUUUGGUUGCUGCCUGGAUUAAGAAAGAAUACAUAAAAAAACAAAAAACAAAUCCGGACCCAACAAACAAGGAAAAAGGGAGGGGAAAAGGAGGAGGAGGUUGCUGAAGGGAGCCCACUCCAGUGGGUGAACAGCUGCUUUGAAUCGUGCCUCUGUUCCCAGGGAUUAAAGCAUGAAUGGGAGCAGCCUCCCAGCCACGAUGGAGAGAGAAGGCGGUUCAGGCUGUGGGAAUAAGGUUUCCUGCCAGGUGGGUGCCUGAGGUUCCUGCUGGAGGGCCCUACAGCAUCCCAUAGAAGCACUCUCCUGGUCUCAGCAGCUGAGGCCCCUCCAAACCUGCUUCUGCAAUGGAUGAUGGUGGUGACUCCCGGCGUGAUCUCGCUGCAGGCUUGGACUCCAAGGAAUACUGCUUGUCGGACCGGGACAUUGUGGAGGUGGUGAGGACAGAAUAUGUUUAUACUCGCCCACCCCCGUGGUCAGACACCCUUCCCACUAUCCACGUCAUUACACCCACCUACAGCCGGCCUGUGCAGAAAGCAGAGCUGACGCGCCUGGCCAACACCCUCCUGCAUGUGCCAAACCUGCACUGGAUCCUGGUGGAGGACUCCCAGCGGCGCACACCCCUCAUCACCCGGCUGCUGCGGGACACGGGGCUCAACUACACCCAUCUCAACGUGGAGACCCCUCGCAACUACAAGCUGCGGGGAGACAUGAGGGAUCCCCGCAUCCCUCGGGGGACCAUGCAGAGGAACCUUGCCCUGAGGUGGCUGAGAGAGACCUUUAACAAAAACAACAGCCAGCCUGGGAUUGUUUACUUUGCUGAUGAUGACAACACCUACAGCCUGGAGCUCUUUGAGGAGAUGCGCAGCACCAGGAAGGUGUCGGUGUGGCCAGUAGCCUUCGUCGGUGGCUUGCGCUACGAAUCCCCCAAAGUGAAUGCAGCAGGGAAGGUCUACGGCUGGAAAACUGUGUUUGACCCCCAUCGCCCCUUUGCUAUAGACAUGGCAGGGUUUGCUGUGAACCUCAGACUGAUCCUCCAGCGAUCUCAGGCGUACUUCAAACUGCGAGGAGUGAAGGGAGGCUACCAGGAGAGCAGCCUGCUGCGAGAGCUGGUCACCCUGAACGACCUUGAGCCGAAAGCUGCCAAUUGCACUAAGAUUUUAGUCUGGCACACGAGGACAGAAAAGCCUGUGCUGGUGAAUGAGGGGAAGAAAGGAUUCACAGAUCCCAACGUGGAAAUCUGAGCGUGUUCAGCUGAGUGGAGACCAACACCAGAAGAUUUCCUCACGCACAGCCUCCAAGGUUUCUCCCCACAGCAUACAGCCAGACAUGCAGUAGCCAGGACCUCUGCUGACUUCCAAGAGUUUUAGUGUACUGAAAGCAAGCAACACUGCAUACAUAAACUACCCGGAUCCCCCCGCCCUUCCUCCUGGACUCUGAGCAGAACCUGAUGCUCUGGGGGUGGAGAAAAAGCACAGAAAUACAGGACUGAACUUCCCUACAGGAGCAGCUGCCCUGCGAGACACUCGGUUUGGGAGAAGUGCACGAUGCACUGAAGAUGCAGCCCGGCUGGAAGGGCAGCCCAGACUGAGCGGGCUGUUAUACAGGACGUGAGAGCAAGGGUGAGAAUGCACACGAGUGUGCUGGCCCCGAUGACUUGUCCUUCCCAGACAUGCACCCUGUGGCUAUGUGCCCAACAGCCAGAGCAGCUCCCUGCUGACAGAGGGGACAGCUGCCUUCCGAGAUGGCAUCUCAGCCCUUAAUUCGAAACCUACUUUAAUCAGUGUUUAUUAUGCUGCACAAGACAGGAAGGCUUGGGGGGAGAGUGAAAAGCAAGGCAGGUUAGAACAAACCCAUCUGUACAUCUGUUUCUUGUAUCCCCUUCUCCUUCCCUUAUUUGGCUUCGUGGGUUGGAGGGUGCUCUGUGCUCAUACAUGGAGUUACGUGCACAACAUGCAGCUCUUGAUGCUAAAAGAGCUGUGAGGGGUUUUUAAAGAGAUGGUUGUGGCCGUGCACCGUAAUACUUCACCUGGGCUCAGAUCUUAGUUCUAUUUAGCUCACAUUUGGUUAAUGUGAGUGUUAGGUGUGGGAUUCUCAGAAGGGUGCUUUUACAUAAAGCCAAAUUUCUACUCUUAAAAAAUAAAGUGAACUGCUUAAAAAUAGGGAUUGAACAAGAAAAAUUGAUUUUUAGUACAUGUACCAUCUGAGUGGAGUGUAUCCUUCAGUCCUAGCUCCUCUUUCAGGGCUGGACUGGUGUGCAGAGCCACACUGGAGCCAAUCAGGAGUUAACUAAUGGGAACAGAGCUGCACCCUUGUAAAGGGAUCCUGUGCUUAGCGUGCUCUGUUCCUUCCUCCUCUGGCUCCAGGUAGGUUGAAAAACUAUGCAGAAUAUUAGUUGCCUCUUCCCUGCUCUGUAACUUCAAAGGACAGGAGAUGGCAUUGAUUAAAGGAUAUUCUCUAAUGAAACUGUAUCUUGCUCCUCAGCAAGAGGGAGGUGGCUGAGCAAUGCAGAGGAGGAACCUGGGUGCUGCUACUUUGGCUGACUAUUUGAAAACAACAAACUUGCUGAGGAAGAAAUUAAGGUACAGCUUAUAGCCCUUCUCUGAACCUCCAGCCAGCAAACACACAAAAACCCCUAAAUAAAUACACAGAUCUUAGCACCCUCCCCUCACAGCCGUCAAACAUCUGAUCAAUGCCCACUGCCCCAAUUCUUUCAGAAGGGUCUGAAGCACAAUCUUAUCUUUGAGUCAAGGGAAAGUGUAAUCCCAGAUUUGGUUCUUUUUAGCCCUAACGCAUAGAAUUACUUCAGUACUACAGGUGGGAUUGUUAGCUUCAAAGUGCAGAAUUCUCCCCUUGGACUGAUGGCUGUGCAUUCCCUAAUAUUUAAAGAAACAUUUGGGUUUGUUUUUCAAGUUAUUUUCUCCCACUGUCCUUCAGAAUCAGUGGGGGAAAGCUGCAUUGCUCAGCUCUCAGUCACAAAGCCUUGCUACACAGCCUUUAGAAUAACAUUCUUUUAGAUGCGUUGGCUGAAGUGCUACUGGGAUAGAAAGCAUCCAGUUCCACUGGCCACUCUAUGGGAACAGGCACUGUUACCUUAUGCUAAAAUGGGAGCUCUGUGCAUUUGAGCAGACUGAUUCUGUUCUUGUAUGAGCAUCCCAACCUCAGUUCAGUCUGCACACCCUAGAGGGGAAGGAGACAUUGCUAAAGGCAUACAAAUUCUGCUGCUAAGCUAGUUCCCAACUGAUGGCCUCUCCUAGCUGCAUGUUUUCAUUCACUAAUGUCAGCUCCAGCCCCUGCUGAGCUGCAGCCUUCCCUCCAUGGAAGGAAAUAACUUCCAGAAAAACACAAAGGCCCAAGUCCUGACCACAGCCCUACUUUUACACUCCUCAAAGUUGUUGGGCCCUUCCAACUUGCAUAGCUGCACUGUGUGUCUGGGGAGCAGAGAUGUGCACGCUCAGUGAGACCAGCUCUGGUCAGGGUGGAGUGUAUUACAGCCGCACUGUCUGUUCUCAGUUUUAAAUAAACUGUAUUUAAAUUUGUUAAAUAAAAUUAAGUAUGGUUUUUAAGAGCUAGAAUGCCCUGCAACUCCAUUCUGAGAGGCAGUGCAUACGGUCAGUGCUUCUCAGAGACCUAAUCUGUUCUCCCGUUUGCAAGUAUUUAUGCAACUCCUUGGCUUCUAUCACAACCAAAACCUGAUUGCUGCUCCUUUAUAAGGGGGAAUUUCAUCUCCAGGUGCAAGGAGCUCUCUUCUCUGUGACUGAAAGCUCUCGCUUGUU